AGUGUCAACAACAACAACAACAGAAACCACAACCACAACAACAACAACAACAACAACAACAGAAACCACCACCACAACAACAACAACAACAAUAAAAUCAGCAUUAGUAACAACAUCAAAAAAGGCAUUAGUUGUUAUUCUGCUUUUAGUCGUUUUGUACGCUUCGAUAUCAUCGCGACAGUUUUAUCAAAAGCAUAUACAAAGCCACCAACAUUAUCACCUAGCAUCACUACCACCUCUACCUUUACUUCUACUACCACAACUACUACUACUACUACUAUUACUACUACUACUAUUACUUCUACUACUACAACUACUAUUACUUCUACUACUAAUACUACCACUACUACUACUAGAAUUGUUAGUAAGUGCAGCACUUCAGUCUCGACACUUACAACUUCUACUUCUACCACACCUACAGCUAUCACUAUUGCUACUAGUGCAACCAUCACUACAACUAUUGUUACCAAUAUUACAAAUACUACCUCUUUUCUUAAUACUAUUACUACUACUACUACUUAUUCUAUUACCUAUAAUACUACUAUUGUUACUUUUACUAGCUUUAUUUCUAUUACCACUACGAUUUCUAUUUUUAGAAUUUCAAGCACGGACAACACUAUUACUGCAACUACUACUACUAUCAUAUCAACCGCAACUUACAGCAGUAGUAUUAGUUGCAGUAAGAAGUGGUGGUCACGUGACCGGCGUAAACUUUGCUCAAGCCGGAACGAGGCUUGGGUGGACAAACGGAAAGGAUCCAACGCGAUUAACAAAAAGUUAUUGUUAUCUCCCUCAUCUUCUUCCUCCUUCUCAUCAUCAUCAUUAUCAUUACCAUCAACAUUAUCAGUGCCAUCACUACCACUACAAUUACUAUCAUUGUCAUCAGCAUCAUCAUUAUCAUCAUCAUCAUCACCAUCACCAUCGUCAUCGUCGUCAUAAGAAUAAUCAGCAGAAUUAUCUAAUACGCCAUUUCUAUCAUCAUCAUCAACAUCAUCAUCGCCGCCAGCAACAGCAGCAAAUUCAUCACCAUCAUUGGCAUCAUCAACAUCAUCACCAUCGUCAUCAUUACCAAC